ACACCUUCUCAACUCUUUGGAAUUUGUCCGUUGGCAAUAUCGUCAACACCAUUUUGGGCACGAUUCCAGGAUAUUGGAUUUAUAGUUCUUACUGGACUAUUUUUGAUUUUGGGACUUAGUUAUCAAUACAUAAAACAAUAUAUGCCAAUGUUCUUUACAAUAUUCUCAUUUUGUCAGCUAUUUCAAAAUUUUGGACCUAAUGCAACGACAUUUGUCAUACCAAGUGAAGUUUUUCCUACAAUAUACCGGUCGACCGGAUAUGGUAUAUCAGAUGCGUUCGGAAAAUUGGGUAAUUUUGGAUUCUUUCAACUCAAGAUAUUGGUGGUACGAACAAUUUUAUGGAUCGUUUAA